AUGGCGACCAAGGCAACGCGCGGCAAUAAGAGGGGGCGUAUCUCAGCACCAAGCGUGCGGCCCGAGGAUGAGCAAAUAUUCAAGGGCUUGUCGUUCUUUUAUGUCCCAGACAAUGAUAUUGCGCCAGCGAGACGGUUGCGGAUUAACAGAGCCAAGGAGUUUGGAGCUUCAUGGACGAGAGACUUGAUGACUGCUACGCAUGUCGUGGUGGACAAGAAGCUCGAGUACAAAGAUGUUGAGAAGAUGUGGCCGAAGGAUGGAUUUGGGGGCCGGACGCCGCCAAAGGUAGUCACCGAGGACUACCCUCUUGACUGCAUCCAGUUUCGUGCCAUUGUGGAUGCUAGCCAGCGCAAGUAUCUUGUAAAUGGCCAGCCAGAGGUGGAAGAGAAGGAGCAGGAGAAGGAGCCUGAGCUUCCUACUCCUGCUGUUGAUUUCGGAGCUCAAGCGAAAUCGAAGUCGAAAUCGAAAUCGGCAGUGAGCUCACUGCCGCUGAAACCGCAGCAUCAUAAUAAGGGGAAGUGGGAUUAUGUCCCACGGAAAGGGACGCCUUCACAGAACGGUGAUACGGGAAUACAGACCCAUAGUCCGUCGAAGGGUAGUGACAAAGCCGGCCAUACACCUUUGUUACAAGAUGAGUUGUCCGAGUAUAUAUCGAUGAUGCAAGAGUUUAAAGAUUUACCACUGGAUGUCGAUGAAGAGGAGGAUGCUCAAUCUACGGCCAACGAAUCAGAUGCUCAGUUGGAUCUCGAUCAUCGGUCUGGAUCAGAGAACGAAUCCCAGCGGGCGAGGAGAUCAUCUAGGCGGGCUCGACCAACCAGCAAAGCAAUAGCGUUUGAAGACCGAUUCGCGUGUAAUAGAGCUGGAAAGAAAGAUGCCAACCAAGAUAAUCCAAACGCACGCACCAUUGAGAUAUUGCAAAAGAUGAACGGCUACUAUGAGAGAAUCAACGACCAUUGGCGGACAAUAGCCUACCGGAAGGCUAUCAGCAUUUUGAAGCAGCAGAGCGUCAAGAUUACCACCGAAGAAGAAGCAUAUCGGCUCCCGAGCAUUGGUCGCCGGCUAGCACAGAAGAUUGAGGAGAUUGUCACGACAGAUAAGCUACAGAGGCUUGAGUGUGCAGAAGAGGAUCCUACAGACCACGCCCUGCAAACGUUUUUAAAGAUUUACGGCGUGGGGAAUAAGAUAGCGGAGCAGUGGAUUGCGCAGGGCUGGAGAACGCUCGAGGAUGUGAAGCAGCAUGCAAAGUUGACACCUAGCCAGAGGGUAGGCAUGGAGCAUUACGACGACUUGAACACUAGGAUACCGCGCAUGGAGGUGACCGCGCUGGGUGACAUUGUCAAGAAGGCGGCGGCUGAAAUCGAUGCGGCAGUGCAGCUUAUUAUUGGAGGCAGCUACCGGCGAGGCGCCGAGAGCUCUCACGACAUCGACUUGAUUGUGACGAAGCCGGGGACCGAAUCUGUGGCAGAGCUCAGGGCGUUUCUGAGCAGACUGAUAGACCAACUGGAGAGGGACAAAUUCCUGGUAGCUCGUCUGGCGUCGUCUCACGCCGGCGGCGACGGUAGCAAAUGGCACGGCUGCUGCAAUGGCGAGUACCGGCCGAUCUGGCGAAGAAUCGAUUUCCUGCUGGUGCCCGAGGCGGAGCUGGGCGCGGCGCUGAUUUACUUCACCGGCAACGACAUCUUCAACCGCAGCAUGCGGCUUUUGGCGUCCAAGAAGCGCAUGCGGCUGAACCAGAGGGGGCUGUACAGAGAUGUGCUGAGGGGUCCGAAUCGAGCCAAGAUCACGGAGGGGGAGCUGGUGGAGAGUAGGGAUGAGAAGAGGAUAUUUGAGAUUUUGGGGGUCAAGUGGCGGGAGCCGUGGGAGAGGUGGUGUUGA